AUGGCCCAUAUUCCCAUUGCUGCAGCAGAAAUUGCUGGUGCCUAUGGCAGGGGAGGGCACCUGAGGCCAGGAAAGGAGAAACUCACAUUUUCAUCUUUAUAUAAUCUCACCAGGGAAGGAAUCCUAGAGAAGCAGGAAGAGGAAGAAAUGGCUGGGUCUCAGGGCCUGUUGACAUUCAAGGAUGUGGUUAUAGAGUUCUCUCGGGAGGAGUGGGCAUGCCUGGACCCUGCUCAACGGAAUUUGUAUAGGGACGUGAUAUUAGAGAACUACAGAAACCUGGUCUCCCUGGGUGAGGAUAACUUCAAUACAGAAUUUCUGUUACACAGUCUUGCUGCCUCUAAGCCGGAUCUUAUCAUUUGUCUGGAGCAAAGGCAAGAGCCCUGGAAUGUAAACAGACCUGAGAGAGUAGCCAAACACCCAGGUUUAUUUUCUUAUUACAUGCAAGUCCUGUGGACAAAACAGUGCAUAGAAACUCCAAUCGAAAAAGUGAUAUUGGAGGUAUUUGGAAAUUGUAGCCUUGAAAAUUUAUACUUGAAGGAAGACUGGGAAAGUGAGGAUGAGUGUGAAGAACAAAACGGUUCUUAUAAUGGACAUAACAAAUGUAAGACAACUACUGAUAAUAAAAACAUUACUGUAUCUGUACUCAAAAGAGGUCUUCCAAAUCUAAAUGUCUAG